AUGCCCCGAACUAGGUCGUCUACUCGGACGCGCUUGCCGCAGGCUGGUCCACCCCUUCGGGAGGCCAGCUCUGCGACAACCAACUCGCGCUCCGGCCUCAUGCAGCCAGGUACCAUCGCAAAUAAGGCUAUGACCAUGUCGCGUAUGGAAGACCCUGGAUCCAUCGCGCAAUAUGAACUAACAUCGCUCGAAGCAACCCGCUCGAAAACCGCAAACUCGGAAGCGAAGAGACCCGGAUCCGUCACCCGCCAGCCUAACACCACAACAAGGGCGCAUAGCCGGGGCAAUUCAUUCGCAUCUUCAACGAUGUCCCGGUCGACUAUAUCUGCACCCCGCUCAACUCAUGGAGCGUUUUCCUCCACCGUCGGCCCUGGCACGCGACCAGCUUCCGCCAUGUCCCGACCUCAAACAUCAUUCGGCAGCCGCAGACCCGUCGGCGCAUCGAUCCCGCGCGCAGCGAGCGCAUUGGACACCCAUAUGGAAGACACUUCACCCAGUGUACUAGGAAAGCGAAAGGGUAUGCUACAAUUUCCCUUAUCUCCCAGUUCUCCCAGUCGUAUUCCCUCUUGCCCCGUUGGACCCAUACCCCCAGGAUCGCCCCUAAAUUGGAACGGGAUCAGUCGAUUGGCAGCACUUUCUGUGUCAGAGAGACCUGUUUCCUGUCCGAGCUCUUCCAUUUCAGGGACUAUCUCUGCGUCGCCUAUUACUCCAUUUUGCGAUGUGUCUAAAUCCACCACCCCGAAGCCAUCUGGAUAUGUGCAACGUGCAUCAUCUUCUUCAAUUUUUGCUACCCCUACCAUACCCCAUGGAACCCCAUCAACUUCCCCACGGCGUGUUGUCAAGAAAGCUUCCCAUCCCGCGUUUUUGACCAAAGGCUCUUCGAUCCAAAAUUUUGACAAUGCUAUAGGCCCGGAAUGGGAUCAAGAAACACGCGAAAAGAACAUGGAGGGAUUGAUGCAGACAUUGAUGGCGCAAAUGAAUCAACAAGGCCAAGCAAGCUCUGGACUCAAAGAUACGGUUGAUUUCUACAAAACAAAAGUCACCGAACUCGAGGCUUCUCGUGAUGAGUUGAAGGAAAACAACCUUGUACAGCGAGUAGAGCUAGAUGCUCUGCGCAAUCAGCUGUGUACAGCGGAACAGACGCUCAAGGAAGCCAAGCGAGAUCAGGAGAUCGCGAUGGACGAUCUCGACCAGCGCCAGCGGAUUGAAAUGGCUUCCAUCCAACAGCAAAACCAGAGAGAAAUCGCCACACUAAAUGCUCGACAUCAAGACGAGGUUCGCGAGCUGAAACGAAAGUUUGACCGGGAAAUUGAGGAUGAAAAAGCAGCAAGAGUACGAGAUCUCGGUCAACUGACUUCCCAAUCCGCUCUUGAUACCCAAAAGUCCCAAAUUGAACUGGAACGCAAGGAGCGCGAAAUCAAGUCUAUGAACGAUGAGUUAUGUGCUCUGAAGGCUGAGAUGGAUCGUGAAAGAAGAACUGUUCUUGAACUCAAGCUUAAUUUGGAUACAGCUAGUGGCAACAGCAUCACACUAGAGUCAUCGAUUCGUGCCCUCAAAGCGCGCAUUGAGUUCCUCGAAAGUGGACGUGAGGAACAAUCUAAAUCCUUUGAGCGAUGCAACCAGCAGAUGAUGGAUGCUUUCGCUGAGACGGAGGCGACCAAGGAGAAGCUGCGCAGGGAAGAGACUCUUCGGCGCAAACUUCAUAACCAGGUUCAAGAGCUUAAGGGCAACAUUCGCGUGUUCUGCCGAGUUCGCCCCGCGCUCAAUAGUGAACCUGUCUCAGAUCUGACUCUCAUGCAGUAUCCUGAUGAGAAUGAUGAUGCGAAGGAGAUCAACAUUCUCGGCCCCGAAGAGAGGAGCAGCCUCGGAACAGUCAAUCGCAAGAACAAUACUUUUUCGUUUGACCGUGUGUUCAACCCAUCCACCCAGAAUGCUGAAGUUUUCGAUGAGAUCAGUCAGCUGGUUCAAAGCGCACUGGAUGGCUACAAUGUUUGUAUCUUCUGUUAUGGUCAGACUGGAAGCGGCAAGACACACACAAUGUCUUCAGCGGAUGGCAUGAUUCCACGUGCUGUUCAUCAAAUUUACGAGACUGCGCAAGGAUUGGAAGAGAAGGGUUGGCGAUACUCCAUGGCUGGUAACUUUGUCGAGGUCUACAACGAGAACCUCAACGAUCUUUUGGGCAAUCCAGAUGAGUUGGACAAAAAGAAGCAUGAGAUUCGCCAUGACAUGCAGCGUGGCAAGACUAUUAUCACCGACAUCACAACUGUCAACUUGGACUCUCCCCAGAUGGUCGAGUCUAUUCUCAAAAAUGCGGAUGCCAACCGAUCUGUAGCCGCAACCAAAGCUAAUGAGCGGUCAUCGCGUUCCCACUCGGUUUUCAUCCUCAAGCUCACUGGCCAAAACCACAUCACUGGGGAACGUAGCGAAGGCACGCUGAACCUUGUCGACUUGGCGGGAAGUGAGAGACUGAGCCACAGUGGAGCCACUGGUGAACGUCUGAAGGAAACACAAAACAUCAACCGUAGUCUCAGCUCUCUGGGCGAUGUGAUUGCAGCUCUCGGCCAAGGCAAAGAGGGCGGUCACAUCCCUUACCGAAACAGCAAGCUUACGUACUUGCUUCAGUUUUCCCUAGGUGGAAAUUCCAAAACACUCAUGUUUGUUAUGGUCAGCCCACUCCAGGCACACAUGUCGGAGACCUUGACCAGCUUGAAGUUUGCCACCAAAGUACACAACACCCACAUCGGCACCGCAAAACGACAGGCACGGGUCCGCGACGUCUGA